UUUUAAAAUGUUUUUGAUUUUAUUUAUUUCAUUUUUAUUAUUUAAUUAUUUAACUGUUGAGGGAGUUGAAGACAAAAUGAGUGAAGUUGAUUCGAAAAAUUUAGAAAACUUUCUAAAUAAACGUUGGAGUUAUGAAUAUCGUUGGGGAAAUGCUGCUAAUAAUGGACAGAGUAGUUGCUGUGGAUGUUCAACUUGUUCAAGCGGUUAUAAUCCAAAUGGAAAUUCUGGACAUAGUUACCAGUAUAGCUGGUCAAAUAAUUAA